AUGGCGCAGAAAGGAGUUCAACUGGACCGGGAAACUUUCUCUUGCUCCAUCUGUCUGGAUCUACUGAAGGAUCCGGUGACUACUUCCUGUGGACACAACUACUGCAUGAACUGUAUUAAAGCCCACUGGGAUGAAGAGGAUCGUAAGUACAUCCACAGCUGUCCUCAAUGCAGGAAGACAUUCACACCAAGGCCUGUCCUGCUGAAAAACACCAUGUUAGCAGAUUUAGUGGAGGAACUGAAGAAGGAUAAUGAAGGCCAUGACACAGUCUCAGCUACAGCAGAAAGGACUGAGAGGCAGAAAAAGCUCGAGGGGAGUCGACUGAACAUCCAGCAGAGAAUCCAGGACAGAGAGAAAAAUAUGAAGACACUUCAACAGGAGGUGGAGGCGAUCAAUGGCUCUGCUGAUAAAGCAGUGGAGGACAGCAAGAAGAUCUUCACUGAGCUGAUCCGUCUCAUGGACAAAAGAAGCUCUGAUGUGAAGCAGCAGCUCAGAUCCCAGCAGAGAAGUGAAGUGAGUCGAGUCAAAGAGCUUCAGGAGAAGCUGGAGCAGGAGAUCACUGAGCUGAAGAGGAAAGACGCCGAGCUGAAGAAGCUCUCGCACACAGAGGAUCACAACCAGUUUCUACACAACUACCCCUCACCGUCCCCACUCAGUGAAGCUACAUCCAGCAUUGAUAGCUGUCCUCGGCGCUACUUUGAGAACGUAACAGCAGCCGUGUCACAAGUCCGAGAUAAACUACAGCUCGUUCUGAGAGAGGAAUGGACAAAAGUUUCACUGGCAGUGACUAAAGUGGAUGUUUUACUGCAACAACCAGAGCCAAAGACCAGAGCUGACUUCUUAAAGUAUUCACGUGAAAUCACACUGGAUCCAAACACAGUCGAUACAUGGCUGUUAUUAUCUGAGGGGAAAAAAUCAGCAACAUUCAUGUGGGAAGAACAGUUAUAUCCUAGCCACCCAGACAGAUUCACAGGAUGUCAUCAGGUCCUGAGUAGAGAGAGCCUGACUGGACGUUGUUACUGGGAGGUGGAGAGGAAAGGGGCAGGAGUUGUAGCAGUCACAUACAAGAAUAUCAGCAGAGCAGGGAGUAAAAAUAGAUUUGGACAAAAUGACAAAUCUUGGGCGUUACAUUGUAACAAUUGCAGUUAUGCAUUUUGUUACAACGAUGUCCUGACUCGCGUCUCAGGUCCUCGGUCCUCCAGAAUAGGAGUGUACCUUGAUCACAGUGCAGGUAUUCUCUCCUUCUUCAGUGUCUCUGGAACUAUAACUCUCCUCCACAGAGUCCAGACCACAUUCACUCAGCCGCUCUAUGCCGGACUUUGGCUUUCUUUUUUUGAUGACACUGCUGAGUUGUGUAAAGUGAAAUAGACAUUAGUAAUUUAAGGGUUAUACUCUGACUUUUAAUCGUAGACUGUAAAAAUAAUGGACAAACUUUCGGGUCUGAAAAGUAAAGCCAAUGCAUUCUAUUUCAUUUCCAGCAGGGGGCGACUCUACUGGCUCCAAAAAUAAGUCUGUUUCUAUAGAAUUAUGGGCCCAUUUUUAAAAAAAAAAAGCUAAAUUAACUGGAACAUUUUGGUUGUCUAGAAAAGCCUUAUUUAAUGUUCUGCCAACCAAGCUAGCUAGUUACUGGUAGCAUUAGCUAGUAAGGGAAAGUUUGCAGAUGUUCUCUACUGCCGUACAAAGACAUAGGACCUUUCCAUGGACUCAUUGUAAUCAGCGGCAAAAAACUAUCAUCCAUGUAUUACUGUAUCAGUAAAUGUCUCUGUAACCUAGAAUCCAUUUGGUACUUUCUUCCAAAUGACAUGUUUCAGAAAAUAGGUGGUCUUUCCUUUUUUACUUAUGUCCAACUACAAUAUUAAA